AUCACAAACACUACCAAGCCACCUCCCUGAAUCAAACCCCUCUUUCACUCUCCUCUCCAAACCCUAGCAAGCUCCUCCCCGCCUCCUCAAUUCACAUUCACCAUGGGUCGCGUCCGUACAAAAACCGUGAAAAAAUCCUCAAGACAAGUAAUCGAGCGUUACUACUCAAAAAUGACCCUGGAUUUCCACACCAACAAGAAGAUUCUCGAAGAAGUCGCCAUCAUCCCCUCCAAGCGUCUCCGCAACAAGAUCGCCGGAUUCUCUACUCACCUGAUGAAACGCAUCCAGAAAGGCCCUGUCCGCGGCAUCUCUCUCAAGCUCCAGGAGGAAGAGCGAGAAAGGCGCAUGGACUUCGUGCCUGAUGAGUCAGCAAUCAGGACUGAUCACAUUGAGGUUGAUAAGGAGACUAUUGAGCUCCUCGCUACUCUCGGCAUGUCUGAUGUUCCUGGAAUUGUGCUCAAGGAGGAGCAGGCUGCGAUUGCCCCUGUUUUGCCCGCUUAUGGGCGCGGCGGGUUUGCUGGUGGUGCUGGUGGCCGUAGGUACUGAUUACUAAGAGUUUUUGGUUUUUGGUUUUGUAAUGUUAUCUAUUUGGAUAUCUAUAUUGAAGUUGAUGAUGUAGUGUUACAAUUGUUGGAUCGGAUGUUAUUAAGUUUAAUUUGGAAUUCAAAUUCUAUAGUUAAAUA